AUGGGUGGAAUCAACCGCACGAGAUUCGGCUCCACAAUUUUCAAACUGGAAGUGCCUGAAAAAAAGUGUCAAAGCGGCGACAUGAACAGAGAGACAAAUCGAUUCGAUCGUAGUACUCGACUUUGGAGCAGAAAGCCUUCAAAAGGAUUCCCCUUUUGUUCUUCAUCCAAAAAUUCCCAAUUUUCCGACGAAAUUUGGGGAUUCAUUUUAUUUUGUUAGAUUAUAAUGAAAUUUUGCGCUUUGAUUUUCGUGGCGAUCGCCUUGGUUUUCAUUCAAUCUCGAGUAUCAGCAGCUUCUUCUUCCGGAUCGCAGUCUUCCGACGAAGCUUAUGUCACGCUUUUGUAUGGCGAUGAAUUUCUUUUGGGGGUUCGAGUUCUUGGGAAAUCGAUUCGCGACACUGGGUCCAACAAGGACAUGGUGGCGUUGGUUUCUGAUGGGGUUUCUGAGUAUGCUAAGAGGCUGUUAGAGGCGGAUGGAUGGAUAGUGGAGAAGAUUACUUUAUUAGCAAAUCCUAAUCAAGUUCGUCCAUCAAGAUUUUGGGGUGUCUAUACAAAGCUGAAAAUAUUUAACAUGACUGACUAUAAGAAAGUGGUAUAUCUAGACGCAGAUACAAUCGUGUUGAAAAGUAUAGAAGAUCUUUUUAAAUGUAGCAAAUUUUGUGCCAACUUGAAGCAUUCUGAAAGGCUGAAUUCUGGUGUUAUGGUUGUGGAACCGUCUGAAACUAUUUUCAAUGACAUGAUGAGCAAAGUUAAUACUUUGCCCUCUUACACUGGAGGGGAUCAAGGCUUUUUGAACUCAUAUUAUUCUAAUUUUCCCAACGCACACGUUUUUGAGCCAAACUUACCACCAGAAGUGCGACAUUCCAGACCAGCUCCUGAAAUGGAGCGACUCUCUACUCUUUAUAAUGCGGAUGUUGGUCUUUACAUGCUUGCUAACAAGUGGAUGGUAGAUGAGAGCGAACUUCGGGUUAUCCACUAUACACUAGGCCCCCUCAAACCUUGGGACUGGUGGACAUCUUGGCUUUUAAAACCUGUAGAUAUCUGGCAGAAUGCAAGAGAUAAGCUAGAAGACUCCCUUCCUGGAACUGGUGGGGGUAGAAAUCCUAAUGAUGAUCUUAUUGUCAAAAUUCUUGUUCUUCUUCCCCUUGUUGCAUUAAUCUUCUAUUUUUAUCAAUCUUGUCUUCAGACACGUUGGCACUCUAAUGCAUCGUGGAGAAACUUGUUAUGCGAUCAAGUCAGGCAUCUUUACUACAAAAUAAAGUCUGUUGGGGCAAUUAAUUAUACUGGUCUUUCUACCUUACAUACUGUUAAUUUGAACCAUCAGUCCAAGAUACCUGUUUAUUUGGGUGGAAUGUCAAUCUUCGUCUGUUUUAGUGCUGCUGUAAUUGCCCUUGCACUUGCAUUUGUGAUCGUACCAAGGCAAGUGAUGCCGUGGACUGGCUUACUGUUGAUGUAUGAGUGGAUAUUCACAAUUUUCAUUCUACUAUUUGGAGGCUAUCUCCAUUUUAUUUACAAAUGGGGUAAAUCAAUGGCAACACAAGCAGGAUCCUUCUCCUCUGAUUCCGAGUCUUUUGAUUAUUCUGCUAAAGAUCAUCAGUGGCAGGCAUCAAGCUGUGACGUUGCCACAUGGUUUUAUGGUCUAGGAAUGGCUUUCUUGGCUGUCGUUGCUCCAACUUUGCCUUGUAUUCUGGGAUUUACUGCUCUGUUUUUGAGGUUAGGUUUGAUGGUUGUAGGGGGGUUGGUAUUGGUAUCUUUUAUGACAUAUGCUGCGGAAUGCCUUGCAAUUAGAUCAUUCUUGAGAGGCCUUGAAAACAGAGAUGGUGCAAGAGGCAGCAGGAGUAGUAUAUGUUGAUGAUUUGGUAAAGUAGAACAGUGCUGUAAAUACCAUUUUCUUGUACUAACAACUUUGAGCUCUCAUUCAUUCAUUUAGACAAUACUGAAAACUACAUUUUGAUUUCUUGUUUCUUUUUGUAGUUUCAAGUAAAUUAUCUGAUUUGAUUCGAUAUCUUGGGUCUA